CUCCUCGAAAAGCUGAUUUUGCAUUGAUCGGACGCAGGAUGUCUUCUCCCUUGAGAUUUGACGGGCGGGUAGUUCUGGUGACCGGUGCUGGGGGAGGACUGGGCAAAGCAUAUGCAUUGGCUUUUGCUGAAAGAGGAGCUGCUGUGGUUGUGAAUGAUCUUGGAGGUGACAUCAAGGGACAUGGAAAGAGUUCUUCAGCUGCUGACAGAGUGGUUCAAGAAAUACGAGCCAAAGGUGGAAAAGCAGUAGCUAAUUAUGAUUCAGUGGAAGCCGGUGAGAAGCUUGUGCAAACUGCUCUGGAUGCUUUUGGGAAAAUAGAUAUUCUGAUCAAUAAUGCCGGGAUCUUGAGGGACCGUUCAUUUGCUAGGAUCAGUGAUGAAGACUGGGAUAUAAUUCACAAAGUUCAUUUGAGGGGAUCCUUCCUCGUAACCCGAGCUGCAUGGAACCAUAUGAAAAAUCAGAAAUUUGGAAGAAUAAUCAUGACUUCCUCAGCUGCUGGAAUAUAUGGGAACUUUGGCCAGGCUAAUUACAGUGCUGCCAAACUUGGUCUUUUGGGUCUAGCAAACACACUUGCAGUUGAAGGCAAGAAGUACAACAUCCACUGCAACACAAUUGCUCCCACAGCAGGCUCCAGGUUAACACAGACUGUUAUGCCUCCAGAUAUGGUAGAUGCCUUCAAACCGGAAUAUGUGGCCCCUCUUGUCCUUUGGCUUUGUCAUGAAAGAUGUCAAGAGAACAGUGGACUGUUUGAGGUUGGAGCUGGCUGGAUUGGAAAAUUACGCUGGGAGCGAUCCUUGGGAGCCGUUGUCAGGCAUAAGGACCACCUAAUGACACCAGAAGCUGUGGAACAUAAUUGGGAAAAGAUUUGUAAUUUUGAUAAUGCUCAAACACCUCAAGAUAUUGGAGAAUCUCUUGUUAUGCUGAAUGAAGUGCUGAAUCAAAUAGAAUCUCAGAAGGUCUCUCCAAAUCCUGUAAGCCACGGUUCACCCACAUCCUCUUCAGGCAUUAACCCUGCAAAACACACUGGCCAGAAGCUCUCCGAGUCUGCAUAUGAAUACACUCAUUUGCAGCCCAUUUUGUAUGCCCUUGGAGUGGGUAUGUCCACCAAGGAUCCAGACAAUCUGAAAUUCCUGUUUGAAGGGAGUGAAGAGUUUUGCUGCCUUCCUACUUUUGCAGUCAUACCAGCUCAAGUUUCCAUGAUUGAUAGUAUCAAUAUUCCAGGACUCAAUAUUAAUAUAACAAGAACUUUACAUGGUGAACAAUAUUUGGAGUUGUACAAACCGUUUCCUACAUCAGGAAAAGUGACUUCACGAGCUACUAUUGCUGACAUUCUUGAUAAAGGCUCAGGAGCUCUUAUACUCUUGGAUGUACAUACAUACCAUGGAAAGGAUCUUUUAUGCUAUAAUCAGUUCUCUGUCUUUGCUAUUGGGGCUGGAGGAUUUGGUGGAAACCGAUCAUCUGAGAAAGCCAAGGUCACAGUGGAGGCCCCCAAGAGGCCCCCAGAUGUUGUAAUCACUGAUGCCACUACAGUAGAUCAGGCUGCCUUGUAUCGGCUUAGUGGCGAUUGGAAUCCUUUGCACAUUGAUCCUGGAUUUGCAGCCCUUGGAGGAUUUCAGAAGCCCAUAUUGCAUGGACUUUGUACUUUUGGAUUUGCUGCCAGACAUGUUUUGAAACACUUUGCUAAUAACGAUGUGACCAAAUUCAAGGCAGUUAAGGUUCGUUUUGCAAAACCAGUUUUCCCAGGGCAAACUUUGCAAACAGAAAUGUGGAAGGAAGGAAAUAGAAUUCACAUUCAAACCAAGGUCAAAGAAACUGGAGAUAUUGCAAUUGUAGGAGCUUAUGUGGAUCUAGUGUCAUCUUCUGUGGAGCCUUCAGCUAAGGAGCCUAAGGCAACAGAAUUGCAGAGCAAUCUUAUUUUUGAAGAAAUUGGUCACCGUAUCAAAGAAGUUGGAAAUGAGCUGGUGAAGAAAAUAAAUGCUGUAUUUCAGUGGAACAUCAAUAAGGAUAACAAGCCUGCAGUGCAGUGGACCAUAGAUUUAAAGAAUGGCUCUGGAGAGAUAUACAAAGGACCUGCCCGUGGAAAAGCUGAUACUAUUUUCACCGUCUCAGAUGAAGACUUUGUGAACUUAAUACUAGGCAAGAUCAAUCCACAGAAGGCAUUCAUCACUGGUAAGCUAAAAGUUAAAGGAAACGUCAUGCUGAGCCAGAAACUGGGGACCAUAUUCCAACAAUAUGCAAAGCUGUGAAUUCCCUGCUGAAAUGAUUUACCUUCUGAAGCAAAAAAGAAACAAUUUCAGCUAGAAGGAGAAAGAAGCAGCUCUUUCAUUUUUAGAACAACCUGAAAUGUUAUGCUAAUUCUGUAUUAGAUAAUUUCCAAAACACUUUAUUGCUAAGAUGAAAGUAGUCUUGAUUCUUGCAGAUUCAGACAGUCAAUUAUUACUGUUUCUUCUCUUAUUCUAUAUUGCGAGGCUUUGUACCAGACUUCCUCUGGCUGGUAUCCUUAAUAUUGCAGAUGAUGGGGUUUUAUUAUACAAUUCACUGUGAGAGCAUCUAAUGGGGGGAUACUUGAUUUAUGCCUCUUCCUUAUUCUUCUUUAAUUAAAAAUGCAAUUAAUAUAUUUCUUAUGAAAUCUAAAUGUAAGUAAAUAAACUUUGUUUGAUACUAA